AUCAGAAAGUAGCAGUUUAAUUUCUUCCUCGAAAAGUUCUUGCGACGGCUGAGUUUGCCGGUAUAAAGAAUGAGAGAAAAGGAGUUUGUACUUUCUUAUUAAAACAGCUGGACACACAACCGGUCACCUACUGAUUAUUUAUUCCCGUUGAAAGGUUUCUUAUAGCCCAAAGCGAAAAUGGCCAUUUCCUCCAGUUCAAAGCUGAAUAAAGCUAUGACUCAGAUGUACAUGGGCCUGCCACAGGGAGACAAAGUGCAGGCCAUGUACAUCUGGAUUGAUGGGACCGGAGAGGGACUCCGCUGCAAGACCAGGACUCUGGACUCUGAACCCAAGACUAUUGAAGAUCUCCCAGAGUGGAAUUUUGAUGGAUCCAGUACAUACCAGGCUGAGGGCUCAAACAGUGACAUGUACCUCAUACCAAAGGCUAUCUUUAGAGACCCAUUCAGGAAGGACCCCAACAAGCUGGUUCUUUGUGAGGUUCUCAAAUACAACAGGAAACCUGCAGAAACGAACCUUCGUCAGAUGUGUGACAAGAUAAUGAGCAUGGUGGAGGACCAGCAUCCAUGGUUUGGAAUGGAGCAAGAAUACACACUACUUGCCAUAGAUGGUCAUCCUUUUGGCUGGCCCUCAAAUGGUUUCCCAGGACCACAAGGUCCUUAUUACUGUGGUGUGGGAGCAGAUAAGGCCUAUGGCAGGGACAUUGUUGAGGCCCAUUAUAGAGCCUGUCUGUAUGCUGGGGUUAUGAUUUGUGGCACCAAUGCAGAAGUCAUGCCUGCACAGUGGGAAUUCCAAGUGGGUCCUUGUGAAGGCAUCAGCAUGGGAGAUCACCUGUGGAUAGCUCGUUUUAUCCUGCACAGGGUGUGUGAAGACUUUGGUGUUGUGGCCUCCUUUGACCCCAAACCUGUUACAGGCAACUGGAAUGGUGCUGGCUGCCAUACAAACUUCAGCACCAAGAACAUGCGAGAGAAGGGAGGCCUCAGGCAUAUUGAGGACGCUAUUGAGCGGCUGGGCAAGAGGCACCACUACCACAUUCGUGUCUACGACCCAAAAGGGGGGCUUGACAAUGCCAGACGUCUCACUGGCCGCCAUGAGACCUCCAACAUCAAUGAGUUCUCGGCUGGCGUGGCUAACCGUGGUGCUAGUAUCCGAAUCCCACGAACUGUGGGCCAGGAAAAGCAAGGCUAUUUUGAGGAUCGCCGUCCCUCAGCUAACUGCGACCCAUAUGCUGUGACUGAAGCAAUCAUUCGCACAUGUCUACUUAAUGAGGAAGGAGAAGAGCCCACAGAGUACAAAUGAACUGCAAAGAACUCCCAUGUGCCUUCUUUAAAAUAAGUGGUUUGGGGAAUAGAAACUCUUAUCUUUUAGUACUGUCUUUUUACUGGAAUCUUGUGUAUAGUUGACUGGUCAGUCAGAUACAAGAGUUGAGGUGGAUCUUAUCCUGGAAACUCGUUAGCUUUCCUUCCUUAUCCCCCCCUCCUGAAAUCUUGGUUAAGUGCCAACAUAUCACCUGCCAAACUGUUAUGGUCUUUAUUCUGGAUGCUGGUUGUCUAGUGAGUAUGGAAGAAUGAUGGGUAGAAGGUUCCCGUUCCAUUCACAUAAUGUGAAAUAGGUUUUUCUGUGACCCUCCGUAUUGAGCAUUAACGUUUGUUUGUUGUUUUUUGUUUUUUUAAUAACUGCCCAAAAGGUUUUAUGUUCCUUUUUAUAAACCGGUUUUGUUCUUAUCCAGAUUUGGGUACAGAUAACUGAUUUGAUUUUUUUUUUUCAAGUUUACUUUAUUGUUCAAAAUCCAUAUGUACAUCUGUUAAUGGUUUUGGUGUUAUUCAUGGUGUAUAAUUUUAUAACUGAUUUUACUUGUUCUAUUACAGGUGCAUUAAAAAUGUAUUUUCAAAGA